GAAAAAAAAAAAGAGGAGAGAGAGAGAGAGAGGGGAGAGAGAGAGGAGAUCUCUCGGUGUGACAGCUGAGAUCUGUCCACGUCAACACACGGAGCACAGCGGAGCAGGAGCCACAUACGGCGGCCGAGAUGGACUCCACGUCACUGGAACCCAGUCUCUACACAGUCAAAGCUGUCUUCAUUCUGGACAACGAUGGAAACCGACUCCUGUCAAAGUACUACGACCCGGAGCUGUACCCGUCCAUGAAGGAGCAGAAGAACUUUGAGAGAAAUGUUUUCAACAAGACGCACAAGGCAGACAAUGAGAUCUCCCUCCUGGAGGGGUUGACCAUUGUCUAUAAGAGCAGCAUCGACCUCUUCUUCUACGUGGUGGGAAGUGUUCAGGAGAAUGAGUUGAUGCUGAUGUCGGUGCUGAACUGCCUGUUCGAGUCCCUCAGCCACAUCCUCAGGAAAAAUGUGGAACGGAAAUGUUUACUGGACAACAUGGAAGGAGUUUUCCUGGUUGUGGAUGAAAUCAUCGAUGGAGGGGUGAUUCUCGAAAGCGACCCCCAGCAGGUGUUACAGAAGGUCAACUACAGGGCGGACGAAAACCCAUUAUCGGAGCAAAGCGUCGCACAGCACAUAACAGAGAAACUGGCCUUGACAUCUAACGUAAGUCACUCUAUGACAACUCCUUCACUGCACUCUUAGACUCAGGAUACACUAACGCAGUUCCAUACAGCAGGUGCUUUGUUCAGGUGAACCAGUUCUACGUUUCUUUAGAACAAUACAAACAAUAACAAUUUUUGCUCGAUUGUAGACAAGAAAAUGCAUUUAAAAGUAUGAACUAAAUAGGUUUAAUACAAAAAAUUUCAAAAAAUAUUCUCUAAAUUCCCUAAUUUGAUGAGAAAUAUGCAGGAAAAG